CUAAAUCUUGGACUUUUAACCUAAAGUGAUGGAUCCCGACAAGGAGAAAAAGUUGGAUGGAGAGCGUCUGAACGACUGCGUGCUGGAAGGUUUACCGGAGAAACAAGAGACGGCAUAUCGGAAACCAGAGAUCUUGGAAGGACUUGACCCGCACAUUGCUUUGGCUUGUCUCCCAUCUCCGCUUCCCUCACCUCCUGCUGGGGUGGACAUAAACGACCCUCUCCAACUCGGAAUUCAUUACCACGACACGGGUGACAUGUCAAUCUCCGCGCACUAUCUCUCCAUAUCGGCUCGACAGGGCCAUGCUGUCGGCAUGUAUUUGUUUGCCAUGGCGCUUCGGCACGGCUGGGGAUGUACACAGGAUAUGCCAGAGGCCGUAAGAUUGUUUGAAAGGGCGGCCGGUAUCGUUUUGGAGGCUUUGCCUAGGUUGCAGGUUGAGGGAGCAGACGCGGGCACGGGAUUUGACUGGGGAAGCGGCGCUGAAGGACAGAUUGAAAAGAACAUAUUGCCGAGUCUUCCGGAAGCUGCUGAGGAGGAAUUUUCACGUAGGCACUCUAUCACAUUACCAAGUCAAUCGCCACCCCUUUCAAGAGCGGCCAGCUUGGAUCGUCUUCCUUCACAGUCUUCUGGAUCGUCGUCUGAAGGGGAAUAUAGUCCAGAGUCUCCACUUACGGCAACAUCCCCUCCGAUUUCCCCUACUACUCCAAAAUGGAAGCGGUUUUCCCUUGCGUCGCUUACGUUUCCAUCGCUUCGGCGCGCAUCCACAGGUUCUCCCAACGUACCAUCACCUAUUACGCUACAGAGCGAUGAUGCCAAUUCCCCCUCACCACCAUCUCCCUUGACCCGUCAAUUACGUGAUGACUCUAACCGCCGACGUGAUCAAUUUGUAGUAGCUCGUUCCUUUCUUCCGCUCCCACUUUACGAGGUCGGCGUGUGCUAUCAUCAAGGAUGGGGCGUACCCAAAUCAAAGUCAACAGCCCUUUACUACUUUCAACUUGCUGCUCAAUUAGGUGAUGCAGAUGCACAGGCAGAAGUUGGAUAUCUGUAUUUAAGAGGAGGAAACGGCGUGAAGCGGGAUAAAAAGCGCGCGGCGAGAUGGCUCAGAGAAGCGGUGAAGGGAGGGAAGCGAAUUGUGGGUGAGCAGUGGAUUUGGAAGGAAAAGUGGGCAGAGGGCGGGGAUGGUGGACAGCGCAAGUGGGGGAGACGCAAAAAGAAGCGUGAAAGCGCAGCCAAACCUGGUCUUGCUCCUUCUGGAUCAUGAAUUAUCGUUACCACCUAUUAUAAUGUUGUUUAUUUGUAAUUUUUAAUGUAGAUAGGUAUCUCAUGCUCAAAGUACUAUUAAAAUCCCAAAAGUCGCAAUUUGCUUUGAGCGGAACAAUGUUGAUGGCACAGUCAUGGA